UACAAAAAUAAAGGCCGAAGAAGAUUAUCAGUGGUCGGCUCAAUCUAUACAUAUAUAAUUCAAUCGCCUAAACCCUAGCUUGAUCUUCGCCAUUACUCUGCGUAGCUGCUUGAAGCUCUCUCCAGUUUCUCGCUGCGAUCCCACUUUCUACAGCAAAGAUGGUUCUUUCAAACGAUUACGAUUUGCUCAACCCACCGGUUGAGCUUGAGAAGAUGAAGCACAAGCUCAAGCGUCUCGUCCAAUCCCCAAACUCAUUCUUCAUGGAUGUUAGGUGCAUGGGUUGCUUCAACAUAACCACUGUUUUCAGCCAAUCCCAAACCGUUGUUGUGUGCGGAAACUGCCAAACGGUGCUCUGCCAACCGACUGGUGGCCGAGCCCGCCUCACCGAGGGCUGCUCCUUCCGAAAAAAGGGCGAUUGAAGAACAUAGACUGAGUCAAGAGGUUUUUUGGGUUGGAUGUUUUUUGACAUGUAAUGCUCCUCUCAAGAACAUAGCCCUUGAAGUUAUGUUAUCCUAGUUUUGAAUUGUGUUACAUUAUAUAUUUACAACUGACCAGUUUUAUGUGAUAUUUUCUCACAUUCACUUAUUUUGUCUAAUUGAAACUUAUGCCGUUUCCCUCUUA